AUGGGAAGACCACAGAUCUGGGUCGGGUUGGCGGCGGUGGCGGUCGUCGCGCUCGCCUUCGCCUUGCCGGCGUUGGCGGACGACGAUGUCUUGGCGUUGUCGGAGGAGACCUUCGAGAAGGAGGUUGGUCAGGAUCGUGGCGCUCUUGUCGAGUUCUUCGCCCCCUGGUGAGGGAUUCCACGGCUGUUCUUUUGUUAAUUUUCUUUGUGGUCGCUGAAUUCUUCUUUUCUCGCCCUGGGUAGUUUCGGGUUGAGAGUUUUAUCGCGGAUCAGGUAGAUUAGUCUUCCUAAGUAAGUCGCGAGGGUGAUCCUCGUUCUUUUUGGCGCUGGGGACGUGCCCCAACCAUUUAUUGUUCGAUGAAAGCUGAUCAGUCAGUAGUUUUCUGUUAAUUCAACAUCACCCAUGACCCGAGCCGGGGAAGCCGUUGGUUGCGGCUGUGCUUUAGAUACGGGAGUUUUCUAGUUUUUUCCGUUUUCUUCGCUUGAUGUGUCUUUAUCCGAGAUUAAUCGUCUAUGUCGUCGGUAACGGUGAAAUGAAGCCGUAGGUCCUUAAAUAUGGUGGAAAAAAGAGAAAAUGUCGCCCAAGAUUUCCUAGUUACCCUUCACGGACAGCAUUUCAGGCGUUUAUAUCUUAUCAAUUUUGUCUUUUAUCUGUAGGUGUGGGCAUUGUAAGAAGCUCGCCCCAGAGUAUGAGAAGUUGGGUUCUAGUUUCAAAAAAGCAAAAUCUGUCUUGAUAGCAAAGGUGAGAUGCACCUGCGCUGGUCAUUCUCUCACAGUCCUUUUAUCUCUAGUUUCCCAUUCAAAUGCUAAAUUGUGUUCUAUGUAUGCACGUUUGUAAUUUUUUACAUCUUUUUUUUCGUGUACGAAAAUAGCGUAGGUGAUUUGACAGAAUUGGUGAUUCAAGUAUGAACGAAAAUAGACGAACGUUGCAAAUCCUCAACUAUGCCGGAAAUAUGUUUUUCCUGAGGACGAGUUUGAUAAAAUGUUUCAUUGCUUUUGAGUUGGCAGAAAAAAGGGCGGUUUGUGGGCUGGGCUCAUGUUGGGCUUGUGGAAUCCCUGUGACACGCAGGUAGGCCCAGCCUAUUUCUCAGGCUUGACUAGAUUUGUUUGCGUCUUAAAGAAAGUUGGAACAAGCUGUGCGGGAUGCUAAUGGAGGAGAGAUGGGGGCAAGCGGAGUUUUUGUGAAAGGAAAGCUGCACAAAAGGAGGAGAGGAAUGGGGGGAUUAUGGGGCCUAGGUUUUUGCAGUAUGUGAGGAGAUUGGGCUAGUCUUGCCCAUUUUUUAUUUUUGUUGUCCAAGCCCGUUUUUGAAUUCAAUACCUUCCAAAGACACCUCCACAUUAUGGAGAUUUUUGUUUUAAAUUAGUGCGCAAAGUAGGACGGUAGAAUUAAAAAAGAAAAGGAAAUUCCUCUUCCCAUGGGAAUGGGCCAAAUCUGAUAUUUUGGUUGAGCAUUCACUGAGUCAGGUGAGGAUGGCUGAGCGAGAUUCAAGGGGACGCAUACAGUGGACAAGUAGGGUUGGGGUAGGAGGUGGACACGUGUAAUGAUAUUUGUUUCGGUGAAAUUUAUAGAGUUGUUUGUCGUUUUCUCUAGUUUUGUCACCCUCACUCCACUUUGGCCGAGCCUCAAUGUCUUUCUCGUUUUGGCUUCGAUAGGUGGAUUGUGAUGAACAAAAGAGUGUGUGCACCAAGUAUGGGGUUACAGGAUACCCGACUAUCCAGUGGUUUCCAAAGGGUUCCUUGGAGCCAAAAAUGUAAGUACGGAUACGAUUUUUGCACAAAUAUAUCUGUACUUUCUGAAGUAGUGACUUUCUCAUAUGAGUUGUGUAGAUUGGCAUGCGUACUUUCUUAAAGUUGUCUCUCUCCUUAAACAGUUCAAUUCUACUAUUCUAUUUAAAAUAAAUUAACUCUCGGGUCUUCGGGUUGUGACUUUUGUACUCUACUUCAUGUGAAGGUAUGAAGGCCCACGUACAGCUGAAGAUCUUGCUGAAUUUGUUAAUACUGAAGGAGGUGACAUAAUGUUAAUCUCUUAUUGCUUUAUGCUACCCUUAAUUAGCAUUUUAGUCUCUAUCGUGUAUUUUCAUCUCCCUUAUUUUUCUUAUCAUCUUUGCAUUGUCAAAAGGACUUAUUCCAUCUAUCCUCGUGGCCUUAAAUCCAUAAAAGUAGGUACGAGAAAUCAGAAGCGUUUUUCUUUCCGGCAUUAGCAUUCUCAAUAUUUGUAAUAUCUUAGACGACAUCAUGAACAGUUUUCUCGGGCGAUACUUCAUAUCAGAUGAAUCCCUUUAUUCUGAAAAUGUCUGAUUUGUUUCUUCCUUGGUUAGUAUGUUAUCGAGAGUCAUAGUUUGUUCCCCGAUUAAGUUUGAGUCAUGUAGACCAUGUCAAACUCCCUGUGCUUUCAUAUGCACAAUGCAUUGCCGUCCGAAUAGUUUCUCUCCUUUUCUGUUUUGUAAAAUUCCCGUGAGGAUAUAAAAUGAUAUCAUGCCGCCUUUGUACCUGUACUGCAUGUGAGUUCUCUCUUUUGUAAGAACGAUGCCUUCCAUAUUUCAAUGCCUAAUAAUCCUAUGCAUUUAGUAAAUUCUGACGCAUUCCUGACCAAAUGGUAAAGGAUUUGAGUCGCUGGGAGUCUAAUCCCUUUUCUAUUUUUAUGACAGGUACUAAUGUAAAGAUUGCGACAAUUCCUUCAAGUGUUGUCGUGCUGACAUCAGAGAGCUUUGAUGAGAUUGUUUUGGAUGGGACGAAAGAUGUUCUUGUCGAGUUUUAUGCGCCAUGGUCAGUUUCAUUUCUCUUUCUUUGUUUCCCUCAUCAAGUUUUCUCUGAUUGUUUCAUUUAUUGUCAGAUCAUACUGAUCAUGUUUCGAUUCCUUUUGGGAUUCAUUGGAUCGUCCUUUUUCCAUUCAGUAAACUUAACACGUUUUAUUGUCACAAUAUUUUGAUAUUCAUCGUUAUAUUUCUGUGGCAACGUGAAUGAAUGUCGAAUGUAACUCAUCUUUCUCCUUGUGAACUUCGACUCCAGUUUCAUCUUUGUCUUCUUCCUUCUUGCAGGUGCGGUCACUGCAAAAGCCUUGCUCCAGUAAGUAAAGCUUUAUUAAUCUCUACUGUCAUUGGACCUUGGGUGAUACCGUUCUCCUGGGGAUCUGUAAUUUUGGUUUAUUUUAUUUCUUUUUUUCUAGACUUAUGAGAAGGUUGCCACUGCAUUCAAAAUGGAGGAUGAUGUAGUUAUUGCUAAUAUUGAUGCCGACCAAUACAAGGAUCUGGCUGAGAAGUAAGUGUGGUUUCCUGGCAUCUGAAUACGAUGUAGAUACAGAAAUUUGUGUUAUUAAGAUAAUUGAUUAUUUGAUGAUGAAAUUGACGAUUUUGAGGACAGUAAAUAUUGUUCAGGCUUAUAAUUGAGACAUGGUAUCUAAUACUAAGGAAAAGCAAUCAGUUCUAAUACACUUCCUGAAGUAUACCCUUGUUUAUCUCAAGUGUCUGGAAGUUUUUUUCUGAACUCUAUUUUUGAAGAUUUUUUAAAAAUUUCUAGUUUCCGUUUCCUUAGAAAGAAUUUUUAUUUGCAUGAAAAAUAUUUAUUUGCACUUAUCCAGGAACCAUCAAAGGUUAUUUUGUUUUUAGGCUGUAACUUAUAUAUCCAUCUUCACGUCUGUAUUUUACCAUUAAGUUCUUGACUGAUGAAAUUAAUAUUAAGUCUCUUCAAAUCAUGCUUUAGAUCCAACACAUUUUCCUUAAAGAUGAAACUUUGAAUUUUUGGUACAUUAUGUAAUACAUAUCAAGAAUGAGGUUAAUGAAAAUUUAUCUCAGCGAUUUAUGUUUUAAGAUUAUUAAUGACAUGUAUACAUGGUUUUUGGAGUGCAUGUGCUAAGGUGAGAUGGCAUGUGCUGAAUGGUAAAGGUGGCAAUUGCCCUGGUUAGCUCCAUACAAAACUCUGAAUUUUAUUGGGACGUCCGUGCUGUACAGAGUUGUCCCAAUGCUUUUCUCUCGACAUCUGUUACAGAUAUCAAUGACAAUUGUCCAUGAAUUCUUCUUUUGCUUCCCAUUUCCACAUCUGAAUCUCUGAGAGUUGUUUAUGGGUGUUGAUCAAUUCUGUUUCUGUGUGCACGAAAUGAUAUCCUCUCCUUUCAGAAUUUCAUUGAAAUAUGUGCUAGCCAGGUGGAAAAGCCUAUUUAUGUUCUGUCUAAUGAGUAGUUUGACAGGAGAGAACAAAAGUAAAUUCGAGCUUUCCUCCAAUCAAAAGAAAAUAAAAGUAUAGAAAGAAAUAAUAAUAAUAAUACGACUACUGGUUAUUAUUAUUAUUAUUUUUCUAACAAGGCUUCUCGCUGACGAGUUUUGGGUUCCUGAUAUCAAAUUGACCGAUUAAUUCUUAUAAGCAACUCUGUUAAAUGUCCUCUUUCAGGAUGGUCUGCAUUCUGCGUUUUAUGUUCUUUUCAAGUGAUGAAUCGUGGUCCAAUAUCGAGAAAAUGAAAGUGUUUAACGUUUUUUGCUUAGUAGAUUUAAUCCUUAAUUCAUCCGAAAAUGUGUUUGGUUCUUCACGAGGUCUAUUGACAGUUUCUUGAUAUCUCUAUUAUUUUUAAUUGGUAUGUAAAUUUUUAAGAGUUAAUUUCGAUGCUAAAUUAUCCUUGCAGGUAUGGAGUUAGUGGGUAUCCUACAUUAAAAUUUUUCUCUAAGAGCAAUAAAGCUGGUGAAGACUAUGAUGGUGAUAGAGAAGUUGCUGACUUUGUCAACUUCAUCAAUGAAAAAUGUGGCACCAGCAGAGACCCAAAAGGGCAACUCACUUCUAAAGUCAGUAUUGGAUAAUGAAACAACGCCGGCACAUAUAAGUUGGCUGUUAUAGUUUUCUAAUUAUUGUCUUUUUGAUACUUCUAGGCUGGUGUUCUAGCAAGCCUGGACAGUUUGGUGAAGGAGAUUGUAACCGCCGGCGAAGCAGAAAAGAAGGCAGUAUUCACUCGCAUAGAAGAGGAAGUUGAAAAGCUUGAAGGUUCUUCUUCAAGGUAAAUCCAUUACCCCUUUCGAAAAUAAGAUGGAUCAUAAUCGUAAAAGUUAGAAUAGCUUAUGGUAAUUAACAAUGACCUUGGUUAAUAUUUACUGUUGUCUUUGUUUUACUACCAAAGGAAAAGAUUCGUCCAGUAAACUUUUUACUACAUAUGGGGGGUUGAGAUGGCGUUUAAUUCCUUAAGAAGAAGAAGAUGAAUACAUCGACAUAUUUAGUAUCCUGUACAGCUUCGCCUCAUCCUACAUGGACUAAAGUUUCAUCUCGGUCAUCUACCGAGGAGAAUUCGCGCCCCCCCCCCCCCCGCCGGGGGGUAUGGGCUCAGAUGAGCUUUUACUGGGCUCAUUAGCCCUUUGCCCGGACUUUGCCUCACGGACUCUCACUGUGAUCUUUCAGGUACGGAAAGGUUUACCUAAAAGCUGCGAAGAGCUACGUCGAUAAAGGUGCCGCUUACCCCCAGAAGGAAAUUGAUCGGCUUCAGAGAAUGUUGGAGAAGGUGGGCUUCUUACCUUGCCUUAGUUUCCUUAUGUUCUGAUCUCUAAAAGAUGGCAGAAAAGGGAUGCUCACGGAGCCCUCCUUGAUGAGAUUGAACUAAGCCUGAGCUUGUUGGUUGCAGUCCAUCAACCCUUCCAAGGCGGACGAGUUCGUCAUCAAGAAGAACAUCCUGUCGACGUUCGUCGCCUGA